AAACCGUCAUGGUCGUCUUCGGGCUCUGGGUCAUCAACAAAGCAGGUGGUCUGGUCUACCAGCGUAACAUUGCUGACGGACUCGAUCAAUUAUCUGCAAAUGAGUAUCUCGUGCUGGCAGGUACUCUUCAUGGUGUCCACGCCAUAACAAGUCGACUCUCGCCUACGGGACCGAGCUCUGGAGCCCAAGUAAUUGAGGCGGAGACGUUCAAAAUGACCAUACUGCUCAGUGCGACAGGCACCAAAUUCGUACUUUUGACUUCCUUACACGACGCGAACGCGGAAUCGUUGCUCCAGAAAGUGUAUGAAGCGUACGCGGAUAUGGGAAUGAAGAACCCCUUCCAUACCCCAGAGAUGCCAAUACGAAGUGAUAAAUUCGAUACUCGCAUUGGAACACUACUAGGAUCGACUGCUGCAGCGUGAUGGCUUGAAGCACUCUAUACUAUCCCGAUACAGCUCAAAUAUGUAUAACACGUAGGUUGCUAGAGCAUUCAAUAUACUUUUCAUGAUAACCUC